CCGUCGUUGCCUACAUUUGCCCGUUAAACGUUUAAAUAAUGCACGAUCGUGAGAUCGAGCGCGUGAUAAUAUUGGAUUUGCGUGGCAUAUUUUUCCAAGGAAUGGGAUGAAAUCUCAAAGAUUAUUUUGCGGUGUUAACGGUGCAAAAUGCAACAGAAAUUUGCAAAAUAUGUUGAUUCGUUCGGGCUGUGCUUUAGUUGUUGUGUGGUUAUCCAUUUACUGACAGCUCUCGGAGUUUUUUCUUUGGAUUCUAAGGAAUUCCAGAAAAAUUUGCCAGCGAAGCUGAUUUGGGCUGUCAUCGGAAAGGAUGCGGAACUACCAUGCGACGUUACCCCAGCUCUGCCGGGAGACAAUGUUACUAUGAUUUUCUGGUUUAAAGACAAUUUGGGGAUGCCAAUGUACAGUCUGGACGCGAGGGGCGGUCCGCUGUCCAGGGCCUCCCAUCUGGCAAUGAGCGAUGAUCUCGGACAACGGUCUUACUUUAUUGCCGAUGACGAGCCGUCGAAGUCCAGAUUAAGGAUACAAAACGUCGGGAAUCAGGACGAGGGAGUUUUUAGAUGUCGCGUGGAUUUUGUCAACUCGCCCACGAGAAACUAUAAAAUCAACUUGACAUUAGUAGAGCAACCGUCCAUGCCGCGCAUUUUUGACGCAGAAGGGAGAGAAGUCAAGCUGAAUGCCUCCGCCGGACCCUUUUUAGAGGGUCACGAACUCUUUCUGUCGUGCGAGGUCAAUGGAGGACGUCCCCGGCCUAUGCUCACUUGGUGGUACAACGACUCCAUUCUUGACAGCGUGGUGGAUUCGAGUCGAGAUUCCCACACCUCGGUAAAUCAACUGCUUAUCACGGCCGUGCCGAGACACCUCAAGGGAGCUCGCCUCGAGUGUCGCACUUCCUCCUCUGAGAAUGCUGGCGACAUAGUCCGCGAAGUGCCGAUAACUGUUUUCUUAAAACCGAACAAAGUAAAAAUCGUAACCCCCAACGAUCUACUGUCCAUCAGCAAAUCGCAAACAGUCAGAUGUGAAACGUCCGGCUCCUAUCCGCCUGCCAAACUAAUAUGGGUGCUUGAUGGAAAGCCUAUUAGGAACGCCGUUGUAACGGUAGAGGAGACCACUUCUUUUACGGGCAGUAUAUUAACCCUGAACGUGCACGCAGAGGAUGAUGGCAAGGUGCUCGUUUGUCGCGCAGAUAAUCCUCGGUUUCCUGGUGGAUCAGCACAAGACAGCCGGCGGAUUCAUGUCGCCUAUCCUCCCAAGGUUGCCGUAAGCAUGGAUUCGAGCAAUAUGUCCCCUGUCCGGGAAGGAAGUGACGUUAUCCUGAGAUGCGAGACACGAGCGCGACCUACAGCCCAUAGCUAUUACUGGUAUCACAACAGCCAUUUACUACCAUACAACGAAUCCGCAGGCACGUUGCCCAGCAAUGACGUCCUAACCCUAAAAAAUAUAAAGCAGACUUUCGCCGGACAAUAUGCAUGCUCAGCGAGGAAUUCUGAGGGGGAGACCUACAGUUCCCCGUUCGAUUUGACCGUCCAAUUUGCUCCUCGCUGCAAAAAGGGUUUCGAAGAAAUACGUAUUGGGAUCAUCCCUCACGAGACCAUCGUAGCGCAGUGUCUGGUAGAUUCCGUUCCCCCAGUGAAUCGGUUUUCGUGGACUUACAACACUAGCAAAGGAGUGCUGCCUGUGCAAGGGGCGAAAAUACAAAGUAAAGGCAACGCUUCGGUAUUGCAUUUCGAUCUCCGGGAAGGUGACGUCGAAUCACUCGCUUGCUGGGCAACGAACGACAUGGGAAAGCAAGAAAAGCCUUGCAUAUUUCACAUUGUGCCUGCCGAACCACCAGAACCGCCACGAAGUUGCAUCAUAAGAAAUAUGACUGGUGGUGGCUUCCUUGAAGUUUCCUGCAUCGCCGGUAAAGAUGGCGGUCUUCAUCAAAGUUUCGUAUUAGAAGUUACCGACUUAUCUGUCUCUGCGCCAAGCGGUAUAAUUACCACUCUUAGUGAUCAAGGAGAAAAUGCAUCUCCGGCAUUCAGGGUUCUCGGCGAACGCCCCUUGUUUCGUCUGCCAAAUUUGAAAGCAAACAAACAAUACCAGAUGAUAGUUUAUGCCGAAAACGCCAGAGGUCGUAGUGUGCCCCCGGUUGUUCUUCCCAGUGUUCCAAUCUCCAAACAAGGAUCUGAUUCCCUUCAGGAAGAUGAUAAUGAAACAGAUUUGAACGACAAAAACAUUCCAAAUUCUCCACUUCCCGAAUCUAAAUCUCCUACGAGCUUAAGUCUCACACUCAUCAUUGCUGGAUUAUCAGUUACGGCAGUCCUUCUCAUUGUAGUCAUCAUUGCUGUCUCUACCGUGAUAGCUUGUCGGAAAAAUGCGCCAAAGUCCACUACGAUCCGGAAGAGGCGAAGACCAAGCAGCAAACCUCCAAGCGAGCUGGAACUAUCAGAGGCGGGAUUUGGAGAAGGCUUCCACAGAAGGAGCGCAUUGUACAGAGCAAGUAUGUACGGUGAAUGUGAAGAGAGGAUAUCCAGGCUUAUAGAGGGUCCCGACUUAAUUCUGGCCCCAGUAAGUUUUUCGCAGCAAAGCUCGGAUUAUUGACCGAUGACAAGUUGGUCGGAUUUAAGGUAGAAUUCGUUUCGUAAGUGAAGCUAUCCCCGAACUGUAUUUUUAUUGGUAUUCGCCGAUAACGGGAUUUGAAGAAAAGAGCUUUUAUUCCCCUGCCAUAUAUCGACCUAAAGGGCUAUUAGCCAAAAAAUAUAUACAUGGUAGUUCGUUUUAUAGCUGAUAGUCAAUAUUAUCAAUGAUGAAAUGUGUAGAAAGUGCUACUGUCCUUCUACUACUUCUGCCCGUUGAAGACAAUUUUCCCAAUUUUCGAGAUUUUGCAGUUUCUACAUGAAAUAUUUUCAGCUAGUUCCCUUAGCCUUGACUUGCGAAUUUUAUGUCUUCUAAACAUUUAGUUUUCUAGCAUGUAUGAUUUUUUUUUGGCUACAUCCCGAUAAGAUUAAGCUUUAAAAAUAAUGGAAUAAAAAAUAUUAAAUACGAAUACUUUUUCAAGGUCAAAUUACAAAAAAAAAGAAACAUACGAAAAAGUGAGGCACUGAGUGUCCCUCAUAAUAUUAGGAAAAUUUUUUAAUUCCAUGACAAUUUUUUUUUAUCUCGAUCACUCUUCUAUGACCCAUGACUUUAAAGUACACCAGUCACGUGAUCAGUGUCAUGUCGUGCUGUGAAAUAAAAAAAAAAGCUGUUAAAAAAAUGUUUGGAAUAAUAUAUUAGAGCUUAUAAAUAAAAAACGUUCUCUAUAUGUAUACGUGGCAGCCACACAAUUUUGUGCCUAAGCAAUUAUUUUGUUUAAACCUUUUUUUUUGCGUUAAAUGCCCAGGCAAAUGAUUAUAUGCUCGACAUUGCUUUUUGACUACGAAAUACCUAUAACUCAUACCAAAUAAAGCUUUUCCUUUAAUCAGAAUAUUUUAUAUUGUAAAGAUGCAAAGAUUUGUUACUUACAUUACAAUAUUUCUAAACUUGAUUUUAUAGACAAUUAUUGACAACUCGAUUUUAUUUGCUCCUUUAUCAGCCAUAAUAAAACAUAUCAGCGCCUCUAAAAAUUAUUAAUUAGGUCUUAUGUGCAUUUAAAUACAUCUAGAAUAUGUUUAUUUACUCACUGAAUCACUGAAAUUACUAGAGUCAUUACAUUCGUCGCCAAUAUUAAUAAUAAUUGGAAGAAUCUAAUCCACUACAUGUUCCCUGUUAUACCACUAUACCAAUUAUUCCAAAAUUAAUUUUAAUUGCCAGCAUAAAGUAUACUAAGUACCUAAAAAAGCAUUUGUACCUCUAAUACAUGUGAACAUGUUAAUAAUCAGCUUUUGUCAUCAACGUUCGUAUUUUUAACAAAUCCAAGUCUCAUCCUAGAAAACAAACUGGUGUUGACAUGCCUUGAUCAACAAUAUUCCGCAAGUCUUGUUUUUUUUUAUUUAAAACUUAUAUCUUUUAAUUACUAACGUAUAGAAUAAUGUUACAUAUUGGCCUACAAGAAAAAAUAAAGCAGAAUUAUGGAUAUCUAAUUGAUAGUUGCUUUGUUAAAUGACUUACGUAUAGCACUGGAAUUGCGCUUUGAAAUAUCACAGACUCUCGUUGAAGUACAUUUUUGAAUACCUGUAUAUAGCACAAACUUAGGUUUAAAGUCUCUGCUAUGCGGUGAAAUACAUUUAAUACAGUUCACACAUUGAACGACAUGGCCGACUUGUAAACUCACCCCCCUAACAGCAUUUAAGGUACAUCUCCGUCGAAAUAUUAUAAUAUAAAUUAAAACGAGUAUUCCUCUAUUCCUCUAACUAAACCCUCCCAAGUGCAAUCAAGCAUAUAAGGAAAUCGAUUUGGCAACUUCACGCUCUUGGAGCAAUUAAAUUCCAUUUAUGCCAGUCGGGAAUCGAAUAUUUACAUGGUUUUUGGUACUGGUUUUUAUUUGGUAUGAGCUAAUACAUUUUGAGAGCAAUUGCAGGUAGGAGAGAGAGUCAAAAUUAUGAUAAAUAUGUUAGAUUCAUAAAUGGCCCAAAAAUCAUGUCAAAUUGUUAAAAAAAAAGCACUAUUGAUUGAUACGAUUAAUAAUAUUUCCAAAAAUACGGUUUAAAUUGCAGCAAUUAAACUUUUACAAAUAUUAACUAUAACAGAAAUGGCAAUACAUUGAGUAUAAUUUAAGUACUUUCUGCUAAACAUGACCACAAUUCCCGAGAAACUGGAAAAGCGGAUUUAUUGAAAAUUCUACGUAUACUUUUGACCUAGUUUAAAAUUUUGAGAUGCAUUUUUUAAUAAUUAGUAAUUUAAUUUAAAACGCGAACACAAGUCUUGAACAAUUUCAAUGCAGCAAUAUUGACAAGUUGCAGCGUUUGGGGAAUAGCUUUUCUUAAUUUGCGGUAUUUAGGAUCUCUUAAGCCCUAUAUUUAUUUCGUUUACAUUUGUAAAUAUUUAAUAUAUAGCGGUCGGCGUUUUUUGCCAUCUAUCGAUAUGUAUUCAUAAGAAAUAAUGUACAAACUAGUGAUAAGUCGCUAAAGCACAUUUAACGGGAAAUAAAUUUAGGUGUUAGCAUAAAUUUAAGGACCCUCUUAUCUUUAUCGGAAAAAUUGGUUAAUUUGCACAGUCGUGCUUCUAUCAAAACACUAUAGCAUAAUAGAGAAGGAAUAUUAUAAAAAAAAGAUUGAAGUUAAUUUCAAAAUAAAAAGUUUAUAUUUCUUUGUGUUUAUUAUGCAAUCAAAAUUUUUCAAUUUAGUUAAAAGAUUGAAAUUUCAUUUUAUUUUCAUGCAAUGUGGUCUUUAACAAGCUUCCUUUUGGGUCAUAGGCUAUGACAGGUUAGUUUAGUUAUAUUAAUUAGAAUUACGUAAGUUAUUAUAUUUUUAAAUAUUAAAAUGUAAGAAACUAUAUUGUCUUAUUUGAAACAAAUUAAUGUUAAAACACUCAGGAAUAAAAUCGAUUUUCUUAUUAAUCUUUUCUUAAUAGUCCUAAUGUAUAGUCCUUGUUGUGUAAUAUUGUUCAUCUGGUUAUACAUAGCUAAUUAAAAUUUUAACAUCAGAAAAUGGACACAACAAAAUCAGAUAUUUUGUCGGAAUUAAUUUCGUAGCGAACAAAAAAUCAACAGAAUUUAAGUAUUUUUAAAUGAACUUUAUCGAAAGAUAUUUUGAUGAUACGAACUUAAUUUUAUAACUUUGACACAAUAAAAUCAAAAUAUCUUAAAAACUACGCUUAAACAAUAUAGAUUAAAUCCCGGCAGAUGUAAUGUUUGGAUAUAGAACUCAAGAAACUUUACCCAAUAUGCCGGCAACGAUAAAGUUCUGUUUCCGAAAUUUUCCAUUGUUCUGAAAUAGCCUACAGAUUGUUUCAUUUUUUUUUUUUAUUUGAUUUUAUUUAUAUUUUUCGUUAUUUAUAGUAAAAGUUUUCAGAGGAUUUUUUUUUUAGAAAUAAGAAUAAAAAAAA